AUGGAAGAAUUACGAGGGACUGUGUACAUAGUCGCUGGUCGACUUGUGAGGCCACCACUGGGAGAACGAAAAGGCAAAAGUCUGGAACGUCUCGCCAGAGAAAAGCAGAAGCCAGAGAAAUUCUAUUUAAAUCAUGUUGAUAACAAAGGCGAUCACUUCCUCGUUGACGAGCAACUAAACAUCAUCGGCAUUAUCGACUGGCAAAUAGCACGUAUUGUUCCUAUAAACGAAGCUUUCGGGCCAUCGAUAGUUACGGUAAAUAUGAAGGAUUUGUGUUCUGGAAAAUUCUCACUGAGCCCUGAUGAUAUUGCCCUGGUUGAUGUACUGCAGAAAAGAGGCUUACCUGGUCUACCCGGCAUUAUGGAUGAUGAGGAAGUCAGAAGAGAUUUCUGGGGUCUGGCUAAUGAACUGAAAUGGGAAGACGCCUUACCCUUGGCAAAUGUAUUAUUAAAAACGUUCGGGGUAAGAGAAGCUUGGUCACAAUGGAAGGAGAAUGCGUUGAAGAUGAAACUGAUGAACGCUUGA